GGGGGGAAGUGGGACCGAGCGUGCAGUUGUAAAGAAGGCGCGAAAAGAGGCGCAAAGGCUAGUGACAGACCUGCCCUGUGCUUAGCUUCCCAGGACGGUGUUAGCACAGCCAGGAGGAGCAGCUGUUAUCAAGAGCAGCACCAACAAACCUGUGCUUUGGGACAGGACCGAUGGCCUUGAGCCCAGUUUGGAGAGCGUUUACAUCAUUUGCCAUGAACUGCUGUGGUGUCCUUCGGAAGGCUGUGAGAAGCAGCAGUUUUCCUUUGUUUCCCUGGGGCCACUGCCCCUGGAGGGGAACCGGAAGCUUUUUGGACCCUGAGAUGAAAGCUUUCCUGGAGGAGAACACUGAAGUCACCAGCCGUGGUAGCCUCACCCCUGAAAUCCAGUUGCGGCUUUUGACCCCCAGAUGCAAGUUCUGGUGGGAGAGAGCUGACCUGUGGCCCCACAGUGAUCCUUACUGGGCAGUCUACUGGCCAGGAGGCCAAGCCCUGUCUAGGUAUCUUUUGGAUAAUCCUGACGUUGUCAGAGGAAAAUCUGUGUUAGAUAUUGGGAGUGGUUGUGGAGCUACAGCUAUCGCUGCUAAGAUGAGUGGAGCUUUAAGGAUCUUGGCCAAUGACAUAGACCCUAUUGCAGGAAUGGCUAUUACACUAAACUGUGAGUUGAACCAACUGAAUCCUUUUCCCAUUUUAACCAAAAACAUGCUGGAUUUGGAACAAGAUAAGUGGGACCUUGUUGUGCUUGGAGAUAUGUUUUAUGAUGAAGACCUUGCAGACAGUCUACAUCAAUGGCUGAAAAAUUGCUUUUGGGUCUACAGAACUCGAGUACUGAUUGGUGACCCUGGGCGACCCCAGUUCAGUGGACAUAGAAUUCAGCAUCAACUGCACAAAGUAGCAGAAUAUUCACUUCCAGAGCCCACUAGGCAGGAGAACAACGGACUGACAACAAGCACGGUGUGGGAAUUUCAGCCUUGAGCUGUUGCAGUACCUCCAAUAUGGAUAUAGCUAUGUUUGGGUUUAACCCUAAAGACUGUCCAGUUCAAAGAAGGAAAUUUGUGUUAAAUGGCAAAUCUUGUUUCCAAAAUAUGAAGGUUGAAGUUUUGUCACCCUUUGUCAUGUAACUUGUUCUGCAGUAAGCCAAAUAUAGAAAUCUCUAUCUGUAAUUUUUUUCUAGUUUUACUGCUAUAGGAAUAUAAUUAUAGAAGGCAAUAUCCACGUGUAAUUCAAGUAGCUGAAUUAGAUAUUUUAGCAGAGUCUCUUUCUAUAGUUGAGGACAACUGUGAUGUAUCUUUGAAUUAAACAAAAUAAAAAAUACAGAAGAAUACUGUAUUUAAAAAAAAUUAUCUGUUAAGAUCAGAGAUGCAGUUGGUAUGGUACAGAAUACAGUAAGUCCCCUACAUACGAACCUUCAAGUUGUGAACUUUCAAAGAUAUUAAAGUGCCCCUGGAUGCCAGCUGUUG